AAGCAUCUCAUCGACCAGCAGCAGGAGCUACGCGGCGCCUUUAAUGGGCAGCGCCCAACAAAGAACCCCCGAGACCAAGUCCUCUUCCAGUUCCAACAGAAGCUGGCGGAAUCUCAGCGCGCGCGCGCUGCCCCUAUGAGACAGGGAACCCGACUGUCGUACGUGCCGCCGUCGUAUCCGCCGUGCGUGGCGCCCUUCUCCGAGCUCAAGAAGACCAUGAUGGGCGACCUGCUACUCGAGACGCAUAACCGGGGAACCUACAUGCUCGUGCGGUCGCUAACGCCCCAGGACCGGACGACGGCCGUCCUAGCCAUUGUGGAAGACGAGAAGGGCGACGUCCUCAUGCUCCAGCUGCACCACCAGGUGGACGACAGGGAGCCUCUCGUACGCGAGGGCACCGUCAUGAUCCUCAAGGAACCGUUCUUCAGAAUGAUGAUGGACGGAAACUACGGGCUUCGCGUGGAUCAUGUGUCCGACGUUGUGCUUCUCCCGGCCAACGACGAAAGGAUCCCAGCCGCGUGGCGGGGAAAACCUGAUCACAGCGGCACCGCCCUGGCUUGGAAGGCGCAAGGUAACAACCACUUCAACAGGUCCGAGUAUCGGUCUGCCAUCGAGUGCUAUACCCAGUCGCUAGCCUAUCCGUCGACCCUGGAAGAGAUAUGCACCGUGAGGCUCAGCCGGUCCGUGGCAUUCCUUAAAGCUAGACAAUACGAUGCCGCUCUGUUAGAUACCGAGCUCGUAACGACCACGGCAGCAGCGGGUAGCAAUCUAGCAGAUAAAGCGCGGUUCCGCAAGGCCGAAGCGCUCUACGGGCUCGAGAGGUACCGCGAGUGCUGCGAAGUGCUCAAGGAGCUUCGCCUCGACUAUCCCCACAACGCGCCGGCCAAAGCCCUGCUGACCCGCGGCAUCGCCCGGCUCGCCGAACAGACGAACGGCGAGUACCAAUUCAAGCAGCUACAUGACGACGCCGCCAAGCUGCGGCCGCCGCACCUGGACCACGCGACCUACAUCGGUCCCGUCCGGGUCCAAGACGCUGGCUCCCGCGGGCGUGGGCUCUUCACCACCAAAGCGGUCAAGGCGGGCGACCUCCUCUUCUGCGAGAAGGCCUUCGCGUACGUCUUUUCUGACGCGGACGCGGGUACUCGCGAGGUCCCGCUGCUGGUGGACCCAAGGGCCGGAGGCACAGUAGGCACACAGUCAGACCUCGUUAACAUGACCAUCCAGAAGCUGCACCGCAACCCGUCUCUGACCCCGGCCAUCACCAACCUCCAUCACGGCUCCUAUCAGCCGGUCGCCACCACCCAAGUCGACGGUCAGUCCAUCAUCGACAGCUUCCACGUCCGCCGCACCGUCGGCAUCAACGUCUUCAGCAGCUCCCUCAGCUCCCUCGUCCAGCUGGCCAACCCCAACGGCCCCAUGGGCAACGCUUCCGGCAUCUGGCCCCUCGCCUCGUACCUCAACCACUCCUGCGCCGGCAACGCGUUCCGCGCCUUCAUCGGCGACCUCCUCAUCGCGCGCGCGACGCGGGACCUCCCCGCCGGCACGGAACUCACCUGGUGGUACUAUUUGCUCGACGUAGGUGGCGAGUCGGAAGGCGAGAAGAGGAGCGAUAUGCUUCGGCACUGGGGGUUCGAGUGCGACUGCCCGCUGUGUGCGGACGCGAAGCGUUCGGGGGAGCGGGUGGCGAGGACGAGGAGGGCGUUGGUGACGGAGCUGGAGCGCGGGGUGGAGGAGCUGCGGCGCGGGGUGGAGGCGGGCGUGUUGUCGACUGCUGCGCGGGACGCGGUGCUGAGAUCGGUGGAGAGCGGCGUGGAGGCGCUGGAGGAGACGUAUGCGCGACCGGCCGAGGAGGUGCCGCGGUUUGAUGUGUGGGGGGCGCGGAUGGACCUCGUCGAGGCGGUAUGGGUGCGGAGGAGGACGAUGGCGGCGGAGCAGGCGGUGAGGUUGAUGUUGAGGGCGCUGGGGGCGCUGGGGUAUGUCAUCGAGGGAGGGGAACGGGGGACGGUCGUGGUUAGGAAGUGGGGGGUGAUGGACGGUGGCGUGGUCGGGUGCUGGAUGUUGCUGCGCGAUGCCUAUCGGGAGACGGCGCCCGAGCUGGUGGCGCCGGCCGAGGAGUAUGCGCGGACUGCGUACCGGACCUUGAUUGGCGAGGAUGAGACAUUUGUGCACUUUAGGGUGGGACCUGCGACGCCCACGGCAAGUUGGUCUCAAUCAGUGACCUCACGGCCCUCUCCUUCCAGACUAUCCGGCGGCUCGUCACCACCGCGGUCGAUGCCUACGCCUUCGACACCGAGACCGGCAGCUACAUCGCGCUGGGGAAAGUCUGCUCGCAUGCGGUCGGCUCAGGGGGGCACGCAGCCGACCACCCCGCGGAAAAAGUGACCAUCGGCCAGAUCGUGUCCGCCUAGCUCGACGUGACUGCCGCCCUGGUCGAGGUGUUCGAAAACAACUGCCUAUUUGGUGACAGUGUCCAGAGUGAUGUCGACGUUAUGUAGGUAUAGAAUACAGAUCAGGAAAGGUUGUAUUUAAGGUUCGAUGAAUCGAAUGUCAAUACACUCAAGCCUGCAAAUUAACGCCGUGGACACUCU